AGAAGAAAGAUCCGGUAAUGAUUCACAAGUGACCCAUCCAACUAAAAUCAGGAACACCAAUGACCUACCUGUCAUCCUUCAGCAUUCCACUAACAAGCUUAAAAGUACAGGUAAAGGAAUAGCAUUAAGCCGCAAAACAGCUCAUAGAAGGGGAAAGAACUCAGGAUUAGAGGAGAGACUUGCAUUUUUGGAAGUCCAGGCAGCCUGAUGAAGAACACACAUUGGCUUUUUGUUUUCGGACUGAUCAUUGCUGGUUUCCUACCAGGAGGCUGGGAAAUGGUCAUGAAAGACUCUACAGAUGAGGCUAGGUGGCAAUCAUAUGAAACAGAGAGCGCUCAUAGUUUUACUUCCAAAGUCAAGCGACACUCUGAAGGUACCUUUACCAGUGAUUUUACCCGACAUUUGGACAACAUGAAGGCCAAGGAUUUUGUGCACUGGCUCAUCAAUACCAAACGUUACAGCUCUACAAAACGGUUUGUUGACGAAAAACCUGACAUCCUAAGGGACCCAUCUGGCUUUUUCUGGUUCAGAUACGAUUAAUAGAGAACCAAAAGAACUGGAACUCCUCUGCUUUGAUAUCUAAGCACAGCCAUUUCAGCUCUGGACUCUUUCAUUCAAGAUGAUCUACCAUUGCUCUUUUGCUCUUCAUUGUUUCUAAAUUGGAGACUCCAAAGGCUUAACUUCAUGUGAAAUGUGUAUACGAUAAUAAAUGUCAUAUCAAAUGUU